AGGCUUUACAUAGCUCACUGAAUUAACUUUGAAAUGACUAGUAAUGAUCGUUAUUUUAUCGCGAAGGUUUGGCUGUACUGCGUGCUGCGACAUUAUCCGCGCCCCGCGGAUAUGUAUUAUUGAUGCACUAACCUAUGCGACGGAGCAACGCUUGACGAUUCGUCGCGAAAUCCACAGAGUACUGCUUGUCUGCCGCGCGCGUCAUUACCCGGUGAUCAAUCGCGAGUAAGAAGUAACACGCGCGACAUCGUCAUCGCUUGCGUCGUUGCGGACCGCGCCGCGGGCUUCACAUAUACGCUCGACGACGAAGACGCUAAAUCUCGAACAUCGCACACGAGCGUCUCCCCGCGCGCAACUGUCAACGCACGUCAUCCAUCGCUGUCGAAAUUCGUAGAAGCGUUCCACUCGACGCAACGGAGUCUUCGCUGCUGUACGUGAUUCACGUUUCUUCCGAUGUCUUGUACAUGUUUCCCAGAUACAUCGUAAACUCGUCCCCGCAUUGCUGCGUCUUCGGCAUCCCUCAUUCUUCUGCUCGAAUGUAAAUUUGACUUCGAAUAUUUUGUAUUAUUUACAGGACUUAUUGUGGCCCAUGGAUGAAAUAUUGUCACUAGAUGAUAAAGUGUGAAAGAUUGGACUGCAUCAAGUCCAAAGAAAAAGCCAGUGAUUUGAAGCAAGGAACACGACAGUGUCCACCACGGCUUUCACAGAGAUGGUUGGAUUGGCGGGCGGGGGAGGUCAUUUAUAUCCCUCGCCCCCUAUGCAGUCGAAUCCAGAGUUGAGAGAGAUGACUGGGAUCGCACCUAGUGCACCAACCAGUGCUGAUGCCUGCUUGAGUAUUGUGCAUUCACUUAUGUGUCAUCGUCAGGGUGGUGAAAGUGAAGGCUUCAGUAAACGCGCGAUUGAGUCAUUGGUGAAAAAGUUAAAAGAAAAACGUGACGAACUGGACAGCUUGAUCACUGCAAUUACCACAAACGGCGCACAUCCUAGUAAAUGCGUAACCAUUCAAAGGACUUUGGAUGGUAGAUUGCAAGUAGCUGGACGCAAAGGUUUUCCGCAUGUCAUUUAUGCCCGUAUCUGGAGAUGGCCAGAUUUACACAAGAACGAACUAAAACACGUGAAAUAUUGCCAGUUCGCUUUUGAUUUAAAAUGCGACUCGGUUUGCGUAAAUCCUUAUCAUUACGAGCGAGUGGUAUCACCUGGAAUAGACCCGUUCUUUACAGACCUGUCCGGACUGACUCUGCAAUCCGGCGUGGGUGUGGGCCCUGGCGGUAGACUCGUCAAGGAUGAGUACACGGUUGGCGGCGGUGGAACUGCUGCCGCGGCAGCCGCGGCCGCGGUUGGAUCUGCAAUGGACGUGGACGGUGAAAUGAAUCAAACGAUUCAGCAUCAUCCGCCGACUCAGCCGCCAGCCUCCAACAAUGCUCAACAGGCUCAGCAAGGUUUUAUACCUGGCUUACCGCCCCCCAAUCCAACCAGUACUGAGGGUAUGUUUAGCGCCGGUGGGGGCGGCAAUAACGGUAAUCCCCAUGCUAAACUGGACGACAAUAAUUGCCCCAGACAAACUUGGAUCCCUACGCCUCAUCACUCGGCAGGCCGUAACAUGCAUCAUCCAGUAGUACAUCCAAUGAGUCACACCGUAGGUAGCCAACAGCAGUCGCUGAACGCUGCGUCCAGCGGAACGUCCGGCGCACAGAUCUUGAGUCCCGCGCAAGGACAAUCGACGGCGGAUACAUUCUAUGGCGCAACCACAUCUCCGCAAGACAUCAACCAACCUCCUACAGUCGACGCGCUAGCGGCUUCUUUAGGUGAAGGACAGAGCUCUCCCGUGUCACCUGUGCAUCUCCAUCAUCCGAAUGGCUUUUCCGUCGGCACAGCGUCGUUCAAUUCCAGAGCACCACAAUGGACUGGGGCUAAUACUCUCACAUAUACUCAAAGUAUGCAACCGCCGGAUCCGCGACACCUUCACACUACGUCGUAUUGGGGAGGUCACGGAAAUGAUGUUAGUGGAAAUAUCGGAGGAUUGCUCUCUACUCAACCAGCACCGGAAUAUUGGUGUUCUGUCGGUUAUUUCGAACUAGAUAUCCAAGUCGGAGAGACAUUUAAAGUCAGCAGCGGCUGCCCCACUGUCACUGUAGACGGUUACGUGGAUCCGAGCGGUGGAAACAGAUUUUGUUUAGGUGCCUUGAGUAAUGUGCACAGAACAGAACAGAGUGAAAGAGCGCGUCUUCAUAUAGGAAAAGGCGUUGUGCUGGACUUGAGAGGUGAAGGUGAUGUUUGGCUAAGAUGUCAAAGUGAACACAGCGUCUUUGUGCAGUCUUACUAUUUGGAUAGAGAGGCGGGCCGAGCACCUGGUGACGCAGUACACAAAAUCUAUCCAUCAGCGUACAUUAAAGUCUUUGAUCUGAAGCAGUGUCAUAAACAGAUGCGAGGCCAAGCUGCAACUGCUCAGGCUGCCGCAGCAGCGCAAGCCGCGGCUGUUGCAGGCCAUCUCACGCAUGGAGCGCCCAUCACCAAGAGCCUCAGCGCGGCGGCAGGAAUUGGAGUCGAUGACUUAAGGAGACUUUGUAUCCUGCGUUUGAGUUUUGUAAAAGGAUGGGGUCCGGAUUAUCCGCGACAGAGCAUUAAAGAAACACCAUGCUGGAUUGAGGUACAUUUACACAGAGCACUUCAAUUGCUGGAUGAAGUAUUGCACACCAUGCCGAUCGAUGGGCCGCGAGCGAUCGAAUAAUUUUAUCAACUUGAAUAGAGAGGCGAAGAAGGAGCAUCACAACGUUACUGUUGGAAUCGAGUGCGCAAGUGUAAGAAAUAAUCGUUUGAAUAAUAUCGACUUAAGAAUGCGAGUGGACAAACCAGACAGACCAAAUUCACCGGACGAGAUCGAUCAAAUGACGAAAUUUGGCCAUAGGGAGCUCGAGAAGAGCUUGCGGAAGUUAUUUAUAUAUUUAACGACUGGUGAUAUAAUAAUCUGUGUAGGACAGGGGUUCCCAAACUUUCUAAUAUCUACAUUGCAUUUGAUCCAUGGAUAAAAUGUUUGUGUCUAUUCUGAAACCACAUACAUUUUACAUCUAUGCAAUUUUGACAUAAUACACAGUGAAGUAUUUCAAUUAUUUAUUUUUUAAUUUUUUUUACAAACAACUUUUGUUAAACUGUCAAAGAGGAGAUUAGAAAACCAAUGGAAAUAACAUUACAAAUGUUGAUACAUAAACGAUUUAUAAAUUACAUUUUACUUUUGCCUCUAUCUUAAAGGUAUAACGGCUAGUUUUAUUUUCUAAAUAAAAAAAUAUAUUUAGAAAAGAAAAACAUAAAUAUGUAAAAUAUUAAUUCAUAUAUGAAUCUUAUAAUAACAUAAUCCAAUAAUAUUCCAUUUUAUAUAUUGGCCAGCUAAGUCAAUAUUAUAAGGAAAUAGAUCUUGAUUGCUUAAUUAUUGAAAAAUUAGAUAAUAUUGAUGUUGCACUUGACAAAGCUAUGCUAUCUUUUAAUAGCAGUGCUGCCACUCUUUUUCUUCCUCUUUGCUUUUAUAAGUCCUUCACUAGUUUGAGGACCCCUGCUGUAGGAUAAAACAUGUGCCACGGCCUUGCACUACCAACAACGUACAAAAGUGAAAGAAACGUUAUUUUUAUUUACGAGAUGUAAUUUUUUACGGAGAGGGGCGGAUACGACGCAUCUCACCGACGAAGAAGCAGAAGAAAAUAGAACGAACGGUCUUCUAUUUUGCUAUGUACGCGAUUGGAGGGAGGGAAAAUUUUCCUCGUAACGCGCAGUCCGCUAAGCUCAGUGAUACCAGUUUCGAAACUGUUACAUAGUCAUGACCCUGUUCUUUGAGAUUAGCUUUGUAAGAUAACUGGAACUACUGUCUACACUUAUUACUUACUGCGAAUGUUAAGCUCAACAUUUAUAAUCGGACAAAAGGAAGGUCUUCUGAUUUCUGGAUUUCUAAGUUUGGAGGGGUUGUAGAAUAAAGGAAUUUAGUGUCCUUAAAUGUAAGAAAGGAGAGACCUCGUGAAUUUUGAAGUUUUGAUAAACAUUGAGUUGAAAAACUCACGAAAGUUUUUACGAAACUCAAAUGAGUAUUUAAAGUUCGAGAAUUCCGAGAUAAAUAUACAAGCUCCAACGAUUUAGAAAUCAAGAGAUCUUGGACUCCAGGGAUCUCACAAUCUAGGAUAUCUUGAAAUCCGAGGAUUUAGGGAUCCGAGGAUAUAAGAAUCCCAGGAUAUAAGAAUUACCUUUAACGCACGUGUAUACAGUAGGGAGAUUUUCUCUAAAAACACAGUAAUACAUUUCUGCCAAGUAGCAAAUAUAGAUAAUUCAUAAGGAUCGUACACGCAGUCAUAAUAAUCCUUUAUAACGAUAGAUCUUUCGUAUUUAAAUUCAAAUAGAAGAGAUAUCGUGAUGUCACAUUUUCCUGAUUUCCUGAAGAGAUCAUGCUUAGAAAUUGUAUAUUUAUCACAGUUUGUAGGCAUAGUUAUAGCAAUUAUGUUGGCAGAGAUUUGGUAUGUGGCGUUAGAAUUAUUUGUUUAUUACAAAUGGGUAAUUUGUUUAUUGUCUGUUUUACAGUUUAUAACCAAAAACUAUUUUGCAUAGAGACUUUGAAGUUCUAAUGAAAAAUAGAACAUUCUUGUUCUUCUUUCUUAUUUCUUCGUUUCGUCGAAUAAAAUCUUUUAAUUUCUUAGUUAUUAUUGAUCAUUAUUAUUAUUAUCAUUAUUGCGGUUGUUGAAGGAGAUGAGUUGCGGACUAUUCGAAAAAUAGUAUAUACAGUUUAAAAUAUUAAUGAAAAAAUUGACUUUAUAUAAUAUCAGAACUCAAGAAUCUUGGAAAGAAAGUUAAGAAUUAAUAAAAUGUCAAAGAUUUUUAAUAGAAGAAUGAAACUUUCAAACAUCGGUAUCUGUAUUUGUUAUAUAUGUGUCAUAUUAGCAUUAAAAAAGUUAAACAAACAUAUAAUUUAAUUCGAAUAAAUGUAAUUCGAUUCAGCAUCUCCUCCAAUCAACCACCGGAUGUUAUUACUAUUAAACGUAAUACUUGUUGAAUAAUUAUACCCACUGUUUAUCACUUAUUUUAUUAAAAUGUAAUCGUACAAAAUAUUCUUAUAUAUACAUUUGAUAAUAUUAUAGUAUAGAGAGUGAUUAAGGAUGAGAGAAAGAUGGACAGAGAGAAAAAGAGUUGACCAAAUUCGACAGUGUACGUGCACAAGAUGCCGUAAAAUGAUCGAAGUCGAUCUUACUGCAUCUUGUGUACUCCGUACAUAUGCGUAUGUAUUUUAUUUUAAUUCUGUAUGCGAAAAAAAGAAUAGAGAAAAAAGUUUAAUGCUUGUUUUUGCGAUGCGAUAGUAUUUGCUGAUUAUUCUCGCUUUGUUGCAAUUCAGCCUUCGUGUUUGCGGAAUGAGUGAAUGAAUUUUCCACAAUUUUGGAGAAUUGUUCGGAAUGCGGAGAGAUGAGGAAUGUACGUUACCGUUUAAGCUAAGUUCGAGAGAAAAAUCUGCACUCUGAAUAUAUAGUAGUUGUCCGACGACUACCGCAUUAUUUUUGAAACGAAAUGUAGGUCCUAUGACGAGGAUCGCGCGAGAUUCGUUGAGAGGAGUCUAUAAUUAAAAUGAAAAUAAUUCAGUAAUCGCGGGGCAUCCUGUACACAAAUGCCUUCCUUUGAUCGACCAAUGAAGUGUACACACAGCUCAAGUAUAUUGUCGACAAGAAAUUCUUGCUUACAGCCAAGCUAGAAACACAUGUGCCAUCAUUUUCGUGCAUACAAGAUGUAAAACUUAUAGGACUUUUUACAAGACUGUAUUUUUAACUCCAGAGCGACUAAACUCCCGCUGAUCUAAGAAUCUAGAUUCAACCACAGCAUAAUAUUUCGACAUGUCCGUAGGUCUAAGAAAGUCAGAAAAGUUCAGAAAAGCAUUUCGAAUGAUUGUAAAAGGAUCUAGGAAUCCAGAAAACGGCCCCGAGAGGCUCUAAGAGAGUCUACGAUUCCGAGUAUCUUUAGGAAUCUAAGCUGCAAAGGUUCUAGGAACUUACAAAUUCCGUGGUUCUAAAUGAUAAUCCGAGUUCUAAUGAUGUAAUUCGAUCGUUGUGGUGCUUAGAUACGUCCUAGUAGCGUAGAAAAUGCAAAAAAAAAGAGAAGCAAGCGAACCACGAAUUUUUUUAUACACACAUUGUAGAUUGUGUGAAAACCAGAUGCGAAUGAAACGAAUAAGAAUCUCUCGAAUUAACGAUUGAAGGGCUCGUCGACAUGCUAAUUGCGAUAUUGAUAAUUUACUUAUUGGUUCGCAAUCAAAUUUCUUAAAGAAGAGACUUAAAUAUAAGUAGUCGCUCCACGUUAGCGUUUCUAGAUCCUUAAUAGCCGCCACCCCGAAUAUGAAAUACUGCCACGAAUAUGAAUUUUGUAAAUUUUGAUUUUUGAAUGAAUGUAAUUUUCGAAGAUUUUGCAUCGUAAACUGGAUGUUAGAGGAUUGUCCUCGCAUUAAACAUAAUUUUUCACGCAUUUAUCAUCGUUCUUAAUGCGGAUUCUUCCAAUCUGAAAAACAUUUAGCAUGAUGCUGCCCAGAGCCCUUCAAUUUCGCAGUCCGUGGAGGUGAAAAAUCGCGUAACGUUUCAACAAUUGCAAGCACUUUCAUUGAAGAUCGCUGCGAAACAAACGGAUUAGUUUUCUCCUUACUUGCGUUUCCUUGACAAACAGCACAAACUGUCUGCGUCUAAGCCAAAGAUACCCCGACGAUACAGUGUUAUAACACGCUGCGUUAAAAAAAAAGAACAUAUAUAACGAAAUGUAAUGAGAUUUCAGUUUUACACUCUGGGGCGUUCCGAAGGAGAGCUGCAGAAAGUGCGGUAUCAACGAAAAGAUCUUUGUGUCAAUUUUAAUUACCGAAGACAUUGAGGAAUGCUCUUUUUCUCAGCCAAUUAGAUUCCCUGUAUUCUUCGGAACGGCCCGAGUAAGUACGAGAUGUGAUUAUCCUUACGUAAUUAUUUCCGUCGAUCACGAUGCAGGUAGAAUUGUAUUCGCAAUCCCGUUCGAUUAAUAGGUCUUAAUUACCAGUACAUCAAUUAUCGUUUGAUUCGCGAAUGGCGUAAUAAAGAGAAAAAAAAGCAAGAUUGUAUAGAUACAAAUUAAUAUCUGUGAUUAUCGUCGAUGCAGAUAUAUUUUAAGUAAUUUCUACAGCGUUCAGGCAUAUUUGUAAAAAAGGAACAAAGGACAAAAAAAAAGAAAGAGAAAAAAAACAAUAAUAAUAACCAUGUACGGCGAUAAUACUUUUAGAACGAUUGUUGAGAUAAGAUUUAUCUGUGUUUGUGUUGAAUGCAUAUUGUCGUGCCGCGUGGUGAGGAGGUUAAUUAAUUACACAUUAAUUAUAAUAAGGAUAAUUAGACUAAUUAAUAUAUAAUGCGAGCACUAUUAUUGUUUCGAAUAAAAAAAAUGCAAAAAAGGAAAACAGAAAAACACACGAGAGAGCUCGAAUGAAUGUGUUUUGCGGAAUCUUUUUGUUGUUGUAUAUUAUAGAUACGUCGCAUUAUACACGAUCAUUUUCAAUAAACAUAUUCUAUAAAUUA